CAAGAUUGCGCUGACUCCUUCCGCCCUCUCCUGCUCGCUCACGAUUAUCCAACGAACACGAUCGAGUCACAGUCAACUCCUCUAGUCUGCUUCUCUAACAUAUGGAUGGUUCGUCUUUCCCAUCACCACAAACGAAGAAAUUUGAAGCAGCAGAGCAAGCUGCAAGUUACUUCAUUUCAUUUCGGACAUGGCCGUCUUGUUUGCUGCUGCUGUCUUUCUUCUGCUCAUCACCGUGGCACAGGCGCAGGCACAGCCUGCAAAUACGCCGGAGGACUGCAACGGCAUACUCCUCACCUACAACCUCGACCGCCGUGUCAAGAUCAGGCCUUUCGUCGAUGCAGCCGACGACCAGCCCUACUCCUUCCAGGCCAACGCCACCCUCCUCAACUCCGGCACCCGCGCUCUCCGCUCCUGGACCCUGCUGCUCACCUUCGCCCAUCGCGAGAUCAUCGUCACCGCCGAUGGCGCCGUGCUCACCUCGGCCGCCGACCUGCCGUACGACACCACGGCCCGCAACGCCACCUCCUUCUCCGGCUACCCGCAGACGGACCUCCUCACCCCGAUCGCCACCGCCGGCGACCUCACCAAGAUACGGGCGACGCUCAUCCUGGUCGGCACGCUGUUCGCCGGCCCAGACCCGUACGUGCCGCUCCCUUCGGCGCUCUCGCUCGCCGACCCGUCCUAUACCUGCCCGCCGGCCAAGAACGUCUCCACGUUCCUCUCCACCUGCUGCGUGCUCACGCCCGAGGCCGCGGCGAACGAGACCGCCGGCGACUUGAACGCCGCCAGGAGGACGUCGUACCUCCCGCGCGGCACGGGCGAUCUGGUGAUCACCUACGACGUGCUCCAGGCGGACGACACCAACUACCUGGCGCAGGUCACCCUGGAGAACGACGCGCUUCUGGGCCGCCUCGACGGCUGGCAACUGUCGUGGGAGUGGCUCCGCGGCGAGUUCAUCGGCUCCAUGCGAGGCGCCUACCCGCGCCAUGUCGACGCCAGAGACUGCGUCUACGGCGCGCAGGGGAGCUACUACAAGGGCCUCGACUUCUCCAAGGUGCUCAGCUGCGACCGCAGGCCGGCCGUUUUCGAUCUGCCGCCGUCGAGCCGCGACGACAACGACAUGGGGCGGGUCAACCACUGCUGCCGGAACGGCACCAUGCUGCCCAAGUCCGUCGACGCCGUGCAGUCCAAGUCGGCAUUCCAGAUGGUGGUGUACAAGAUGCCGCCGGACCUCAACCGGACCAAGCUGUACGCUCCGACCAACUUCAACAUCUCCGGCGCGUCACCGCUGAAUCCGGAGUACGCGUGCGGGCAACCGGUGCGGGUGAGCCCGACGGAGCUCCCGGACCCGAGCGGGCUCGCGUCGACGACACUGGCGCUGGCAACGUGGCAAGUGGUGUGCAACAUGACGACGUCGCCGUCCAAGACGCCCAGCUGCUGCGUGACCUUCUCGGCGUUCUACAACGAGUCGGUGAUCCCAUGCAGGACCUGCGCGUGCGGCUGCCCGGCGGCGUCGUGCAGCAAGACGGAGCCGUCGAUGCUCCUGCCGCCGUACGCGCUGCUGAUGCCGUUCGAGAGGCGGGCGAGGGAGGCGGUGAAGUGGGCCGGCGAGAAGCGGCUGGGGGUGCCAUGGCCGAUGCCCUGCGGCGACAACUGCGGCGUGAGCAUAAACUGGCACGUGGCGACGGACUACGCCGGCGGGUGGAGCGCGCGGGCGACGCUGUUCAACUGGGAGGAGGCGGACGUGGCGGAGUGGUUCAUGGCGGUGGAGAUGGAGGAGGAGGGGUUCGAGUUCGAGCAGGCGUUCACGUUCAACGCGACGGCGGUGGGGAACAGCAGCAUGAUCUUGAUGCGGGGGCUGGAAGGGCUGCAGUACCUCAAGGGGGAGAGCAACAUGAGCGGCGGCGACUACCCGGUGGCCGGGAAGCUGCAGUCGGUGCUCUUGUUCAGCAAGAAGCAGAAGAGGAGGAGGAGCAUCAUCGGCGGCGAGGGGUUCCCGUCCAGGGUGUUGUUCAACGGCCACGAGUGCGCCAUGCCGCUGAGGAUUCCCAGCGGUGCCAAUCUUGUCCGAUCGCUUCCUCCUCCUCUUGUAUCAAUAAUUCUUCUGCUGCAGCUGCUACUCCAGUCAGUACUACUUGUGUAAAUCAAAUACUCGUCCACUCCGAUCAUCCUCCUACUUAUGAAAAAUGUGUAAUCUCUCGAGCUCAAGCAGCAAAGAUCAUCUGUGGCCUGACGGCCACACAGAAA